AUGUUUAACGAUUUAAUAGAAGUUAAUUUAAAAUUUGGAAUAACAUAUGGGUCAACACAAAUUAAGAGAUCGGAUACCAAUGCCUGGAAUGAUUUACAAGAUGGAGCUUUAGAAAUUGUCCAAUCAGUAUUACCGAAUUUCGAGCCAACAGAUUAUCGUAAUCGUUUAAAAUUAUUUUUAAUUUCUCACCAUGAUGUAAUCCCAAAUCUGACAUUAAUUACAAGUCAUACAGAUUUAACACCAGCAUGCUUCAUUGAAGUUAUUAUUUGGACACUGGUAGAUUCGGUUGUUUUAUCUCAUGAACAUCAGUUAGAAGAUCAUACUUAUAAGGAGCCAACUUAUUGUCGAGCAUGCGAGUAUUUAAUGUGGGGACCAGGUAAACAGUGUAAAAUAUGCAAGACAGACUAUCAUCAUGAAUGCGCUGCUCAUUUACCACCGAAUUGUUCAGAUCGUGAAACAAGACCACGUCAGGCGUCAGCUGGCACACUAACAUCAACAAAUACAUAUUCGACUGUUAAUGUGCCUUCUGAGGAUGAUUUAAAGAAUGUUUCAAAACGACAGAAAAAACGCUUAGUUCAACGAAAAUUGUUUAACUUCUCCAAAUCUAAAGAGCCAUUGAGUAAUGGCACACAUACAUUGAUCGCUGAUAUAACGAAUGAUGUUCAGCAUUCGGAACCACCAGCGCAUGAUCAAACAAACUCUGAUCAUCUACUGUAUAAUAAAACAUUAACAUCAGGAGUAGAUCCUGUAUCAAUACAAACGAGAGGUGAAGAAUUCUUGGUUAAAGAAUAUAAAACACGAGAAGAUGUUAAAUUAACAAAUGUGCAAGAGAAAAAUGGUAUAUGGAGAGCAGAUGCGCAGGUCGGACGAGAAUUUCGACAUAGUAGACAAGUAGAUGUAAUUUAUGAUAAAAAAAAAUUCCAGUUUGUAACGAAAAACCAAGAUGGAAGCAAAGAAAUUGUUGAGUUAUCAGCAGAUAAAGUCAAAGGUGGAAAAAUUCAUGAAAAAACAAAAUCAGAUAGUAUCGCAACAUUAUCAUAUCAAAAAGAAGCCUAUGAAAAAUUGGCUAAUUUAUUACUCGAUAUAAUAGAUACUGCUGCUCAGUCCGUGGAAAAGGAUACAAAAAUACGUUCAUCAUUCAAAGUGGUUCCUUCAUCGGAUAACAAUAAAGAUUUUUUCGAUUUAUAUGAUAUGAAUGAAAAGGAAAUAUUAGGUAUCGGACGUUACGGUAUGGUUUUCGGAGGAACAAUGAAGAAGAAUGGUGUUCCAGUGGCCAUUAAAAGAAUUCAGAUAUCGCAUUAUAAUAAAAAAGAUCGUGAAAACAUUCAACAAGAAGCAAAAUAUCUGUUUGAAUUACGUCAUCCUAGUAAGAUAUGCUUAUUACUAUCCAUGUAAGCUAAAAACGGGUAAACGGACUACUAUCGACGCCAACAUACAAUGUACCUGGUUAUUUUUUGAAUAACGUUUGUUAGGAAAGAGAUAGAGAGCUGCAGUUUUCACCAUUGUGUGGCCAAGGCUUUAAGAUAGGCUUUUUGUAAGCAAAGAUGUUUCUUGAAAAACUUCAAAGACCAGUUUUUCAGCGGACAUUUGGAAAAACAGCUCGGGUUUCCAGAAACUAAACUAGCAAUCUAUCGAUAUUUUUUCAUAGGUGGAUAGUCCAAAAUGUCUUCUACAAAAUGGGAUCUAACCGACCUCUUACUUUUCCUUGGUUUUCGAGGGAUUUUCCCGAACCAUAAGGAUUGGUGUUUCUCUCGGUUUGGUAAUCGCAAAAUUACAUGACACAUAGACAAUCGAUGCUCCUAAUCACCAUCGCAAUGUUUGUUUUCUUAUAAAAAGUAAAACAACUUUGGAUAGUGAGGUUUUGUAAAAAAUAAGGCUUUUGGCUUGGGCCGAUAAAUUACAAGCUUUGCAAAACCAGUAAUUUCCAUUGAAAUCAUAUGUAAUUUCCAGAAAUAGCUAAAUCUUGUCUGUUUUAUCUAACUCAGCGCUUGUCAGGGUUAGUUUGACAAGCCUUAAGGGGAGAAUGAUCUCUAGAAAUCCCUUGGAAAAUCUGUACACGAAUAGCUGCAAAUUUGGGGAUUUAAAACCUGGCAAUCUUGAAUGCAAAAGCGAAUGAUAUGCGAAAAAAAGUGAAAUUUCAUGUGAUUUGAAUGAAAAUUGCUGGUUUUACGAAGAUUGUAAUUUAUCGUGAGCCACGCCAAAAACUUACUUUUACAAAACCUCACCA